AGUGUGUAAUUACUGCAAUGGUGGAAAACAGAUGAACUCAUUUACUCCUCCCUCAACUACCCUAAUUCCCCCUCUUAUUUAACCCCCUGUUACUCACAUACUCUUCGAGUACCCCCCUGCUCUCUGUUUCUUUCUUUUUUUUAUCUACAAUGGCUUGCUUCAGAAUGUUGGUUUUGGUGUUGUUUUGCAUGAUGUUGGUGGGGAUGGUGGCCGCUCAAGAUGGAGAUCCGUUUGGAGAUCCGUUUGGAGAUCCAUUUGGGUCCACGCAGAGAGGAAGAAGGAAGGAGAUGGUGCCAGCCUUGUUCAUUUUUGGGGAUUCUCUUAUUGACAAUGGCAACAACAACAACCUUCCCUCGUUUGCCAAGGCAAACUAUUUCCCCUAUGGCAUUGAUUUCAAUGGCGGUCCUACCGGCCGUUUUUCCAAUGGCUACACCAUGGUUGAUGAAAUAGCUGUAUUGUUAGGACUUCCUCUGAUCCCUGCAUUUUCUGAAGCAUCCGGGGCUCAAGUUCUCCAUGGGGUCAAUUAUGCCUCAGCAGCUGCAGGAAUCCUUGAUGUCACUGGAAGAAAUUUUGUGAGUAGAAUACCCUUUGAUGAGCAGAUCAGGAACUUCCAGACUACCCUUGAUCAGAUUACUGCUAACCUUGGUGCAAUUGAUACAGCCCAGUCCUUGGCAAAAUGCCUGUUCUUUGUAGGGAUGGGCAGCAAUGACUACCUCAACAACUACCUGAUGCCUAAUUACCCAACCCGAAACCAAUACAAUGGCCAGCAGUAUGCUGAUCUGCUUGUUUCACAAUACGACCGCCAACUUACUCAACUUUACAAUCUCGGAGCCCGGAAAUUUAUCCUGGCGGGUUUAGGAAGAAUGGGAUGCAUUCCAAGUAUACUGGCUCAAAGCUCAACUGGCGGCUGCUCAGAAGAAGUGAACGAGCUGGUUUUACCUUUCAAUGCAAAUGUAAAGGCCAUGAUGAACAGACUGAAUACUAAUUUGCCAGGCGCCAGAUUCAUAUAUAUUGACAUUGCAAACCUGUUUGAAGAUAUCAUCAACAAUGCUAGAACUUAUGGAUUUAGUGUGGUAGAUCGGGGGUGCUGUGGCAUUGGGAGAAACAGGGGUCAGGUUACUUGUCUUCCUUUUCAGACACCUUGUCCAAACAGAGAUGAAUAUGUAUUCUGGGAUGCAUUCCAUCCAACAGAAAAGGUGAACAUAAUCAUGGCGAGGAAGGCCUUCAAUGGGGAUGCAAGCGUAGUUUCUCCCAUGAACAUAGAACAGCUUGCCAUUCUUGACAUUAAGAAUUAGUAUAAGAGUACUAAGAGCCCGUGCCCUCUUGAAAGGACAAGGAAAAUCUAGUCAGUUUUUGUAUUUCAAUGUAGCGUCAUCAAUAUUUAUGGAAUUAGAACUUGUUUUUAUUGCUAUAUACUUCAAGGUUUCAUCGCAUCUAUUGCUACGUACU